GGCCCCUACCCGGCCUGCCCCGCGGCAAGAUGGCUGCCUGAAGGAGAGGCCCCGGCAGAAAGAGCUCUUGGCUAGAGGAAGUAGAGGGGCCGUGGGAUGUGGAGAGCCGAAGGCUGAUUCCAGGAGAGCAGAACAGAGAGCUGCCAGCGAACAGACGCAGGAGACGAGCCCAUACCUUCCAGGAUGAGCAGUGCUGCCCCUGCUAAGAAACCUUACCGUAAGGCGCCUCCAGAGCACCGAGAGCUACGCCUGGAGAUUCCCGUGUCCCGGCUCGAGCAAGAGGAGUCCCUGACUGACGCAGAGCGGAUGAAACUUUUGCAGCAGGAGAAUGAAGAACUUCGCAAACGCCUGGCCUCAGCUACCAGACGCACUGAGGCCUUGGAGCGGGAGCUGGAAAUAGGACAAGACUGCCUAGAACUGGAGUUAGGACAGAGCCGUGAGGAGCUGGACAAGUUUAAGGACAAAUUCCGCAGGCUACAGAACAGCUACACGGCAUCCCAGCGGACCAACCAGGAACUGGAGGACAAGCUGCACGCACUGGCCUCUCUUAGCCACAGCUGGAUUUUUGCAGUUGCGUCUGAGUUUGUGUGUUUUCCCUGGUCCUGGCCUCCUUGGUCCAUGUCAGGGAUUGUGGGGACCCUGGCCAUUUCCCUCUGCCCCUUGACCACACCCUCUCUUUUCCUGUCAUGUGAGACCCAGAGUGCCUCCCUCCUGGGAAAGGGCUAGGGCUGAGGUUCUGCUCAUGGCUCUGGCAGAGGCACUGAGUGAUAGCCCUCAGCAGUCCCAGCCUUGGCUGCGGUGGCAGCAGCCCAGGCUAUAGGUACAUGUUACGAGACUGGAAGAUCAGGUCUGCUUUCCAUCUGCAGCUCUUCCCUGCCCAGCCAGCUAAUGUCAUGGGCACCCCCCUCUUAGCCUGACCCUGGAAACAGCUGCUCACACAAGCUCGGCCUGCCUGUAGGAUGUCAGUGUCUUUCUUGCCUGGUGCCUAGAGUCCCUCGGGCUCCCUGAGGAUGGGUGGUUCUUAGACUGCCUCUGUCCUAGGCUCCACGGCUUCAGGUUCCUCCCAUGGGCAACUUGCAGAGCAGGGGAAAUGCCGACCAAGUGUACUUCUGUCUGUCGUCGUUUGUCUGCUCUGUCUGCCUUGGCUGCCCUAGCACCUGUGGCCUUAUGUCUCUGGCUAGGAGAGGGUGGAAGGAGAGAGGGCUGGCUGGGCUCUGGGCUGUGUUUACCAUAAGUCUGUGCCUCAGAUCAAGAAGGCUGAGAUGGACAGGAAGACGCUGGACUGGGAGAUUGUGGAGCUGACCAACAAGCUACUGGAUGCCAGGAACACCAUCAAUAAACUGGAAGAGCUCAAUGAGCGGUACCGGCUGGACUGCAACCUGGCGGUGCAGCUUCUCAAGUGCAACAAGUCCCACUUCCGGAACCACAAGCUUGCUGACCUACCCUGUGAGCUCCAGGACAUGGUUCGAAAACAUCUGCGCAGUGGGCAGGAGGUUGCCAGCCCCAGCCCCAGCCCUUCUUCCAGCCUGUCCCCAGGGGCUGUGGUGCCUACCUCAGUCAUUGCCCGGGUGUUGGAGAAACCUGAGUCUCUCUUGCUCAAUUCAGCUCAGUCUGGCAGUGCUGGGCGCCCCUUGGCUGAGGAUGUAUUCGUGCAUGUGGACAUGAGUGGGGGUGACCCAGCCAGCCCCCCUGCCCCGGGCAGCCCCAAUGGGGAGUGUUGCUCAGUGAGUACUGCAGGGGGCUCCCCGGAGGAGGAGCUGCCCCUGCCAGCCUUCGACAAGUUGAGUCCCUACCCUACCCCGUCUCCACCACACCCAUUAUACCCUGGUAGGAAGGUGAUAGAAUUCUCUGAGGACAAGAUCCGAAUUCCUCGGAACAGCCCCCUCCCCAACUGUACCUAUGCCACCCGGCAGGCCAUCUCCUUGAGCCUGGUGGAGGACGGCAGUGAGCGGGCCCACCGCAGCUCAGUGCCUAGCAGUCCUGCCUCUGCCCAAGGGUCGCCCCAUCACCAGCCUAGUCCAGCUCCCUCAGCACUGAGUGCCCCAGCUAGUUCGGCCAGCUCGGAGGAGGACCUGCUGGCCAGCUGGCAGCGUGCAUUUGUGGACCGCACCCCGCCCCCUGCUGCCGUGGUCCAGCGCACGGCCUUUGGACGAGACUCACUGCCCGAGCUACAAUUGCAUUUCUCCCCGGGCCACUCCACAGCCCCACCGCCUUCCCCGCACCGUGAGCGGGGACUUGUGCUGCCAGCAGAACCUGACUCUGGCUUUCCUCAAGACGAGGAAGAGGAAAUGCUGAACCUGCCUGUCAGCCCCGAGGAAGAGCGUCAGAGCCUGCUGCCUGAUAAAGAGGGCACCGAGGAGGCCUCUGGCCCUUCUCAUGUUGAUGGCAGGGCCUGGCCUCUCCCCAGUCCCAGCCGCCCCCAGCGCAGCCCCAAGAGAAUGGGAGUACACCAUCUCCACCGCAAGGACAGCCUGACGCAGGCACAGGAGCAGGGCACUGUGCUCAGCUAGACCUGCCUGCCUUCUGCCACCACCUCAGGGCUGCAGAUGGCCCAGACUCUCCCUACAGACCUGGGCAGCUCAGCCAGUGGGGCCCACAUCAAUCCUUGGAGCUGCGUUUGCACUAAUGGGUGCCAGCUUGCCAUCAUCAUUUUUGUUUCCUUUUCCUUUGAAAUAUUUAUUCUCCAAGGUAACAAGUCAUUUGGGCCCCAAGCUCUUCCACCAUCCAGUCCGUCCGUAAGGGACGGGCGGUGGGCUUGUCAGUUUUCCUUUCCCAGCUCCUUUCUCAUUGAGAGCUCUGGUUGGUAGGGGAGGGUGUCGUUGGUGCUGCUGACCUCUAUUCCUCUGCCUCUGCGUGGGCUGCUCUUAGGCCUGCUCAGCUGGCCCCAGAGACAAGGGUGGACUCACUCAGGGCUCCCCCUUCCAGAGGGAGGGCGUGACUUCUGGGGCCUGGCCCCAUUCUUAACCUUGGCUCUAGACUGUUACUCCCAGAUUUGGGAAGUUUUCACAAUGACUAUUUUAAAAUCAAAUAAAACUUAUUUUACAGGUAA